AUGGCUGGUUACAAAGACGAUAUUGUAAUGGAAAUAACACCGCAGGUGCUUCUCAAAGCCUAUGCCUGCGGCCUGUUCCCCAUGGCUGAAUCCGCAGAUGAUCCGGGCUUGUUCUGGCUGGAGCCUGAGCACCGCGGAAUUCUGCCGUUUGCCGAUUUUCAUAUGCCACGGCGAUUGAGACGCACGAUACGAAAUGAUGUCUUCGAAAUUCGGGUCAGCACCGAUUUCCAGGGCAUUAUUGACGGUUGUGCGGAACCGAUGCCGGGUCGUCAGAAAACCUGGAUAAACCGGGAAAUCCGACGGCUCUACGGAGAGCUGUUCGAGAUGGGGCAUUGCCACACGGUCGAAGCCUGGCAGCACGGCGAACUUGUGGGUGGACUUUACGGUGUCAGCUUGAACGGUGCCUUCUUCGGCGAAAGCAUGUUUACCUUCCGGACCGAUGCGUCAAAGGUGUGUCUUGCACAUCUCGUCGCCCGACUGAUCGUCGGCGGUUACUCCCUGCUGGACACCCAGUUUGUGACCGAUCAUCUGACCAGGUUCGGCACACAGGAGGUCUCGCAGGCCGACUACAACAGUCUGCUGGCCGAGGCUCUCAAGCUCGAAACCGACUAUUACGCGUUAUCGCCCCAGGCAACUGGCCAGGAGGUAUUGACAGUUCUGGACUCCUGGCAUUCCGAAUAA